AUGGAAGUCACAUCUUUAUCAGACACCAGAGGAUUCACACUGGAGAGAAGUCAUAUCAGUGUUCUGAAUGUGACAAAGCUUUUACAAGGAAGUCACAUCUUAUCAUACACCAGAGGAUUCACACUGGAGAGAAGUCAUAUCAGUGUUCUGAAUGUGACAAAGCUUUUACACAGAAGUCACAUCUUAUCAUACACCAGAGGAUUCACACUGGAGAGAAGCCAUAUCAGUGUUCUGAAUAGAAGUCAUAUCAGUGUUCUGAAUGUGACAAAGCUUUUACACAUAAGUCACAUCUUAUCAUACACCAGAGGAUUCACACUGGAGAGAAGCCAUAUCAAUGUUCUGAAUGUGACAAAGCUUUUACACAUAAGUCAUAUCUUAUCAUACACCAGAGGAUUCACACUGGAGAGAAGCCAUAUCAGUGUUCUGAAUGUGACAAAGCUUUUACACAGAAGUCAGAUCUUAUCAGACACCAGAGGAUUCACACUGGAGAGAAGUCAUAUCAGUGUUCUGAAUGUGACAAAGCUUUUACACAGAAGUCAUAUCUUAUCAUACACCAGAGGAUUCACACUGGAGAGAAGCCAUAUCAGUGUUCUGAAUGUGACAAAGCUUUUACACAGAAGUCAUAUCUUAUCAUACACCAGAGGAUCACACUGGAGAGAAACCAUAUCAGUGUUCUGA